AUGCGUCUUAAAAUGACACGCGGAACUCGAACCUCUCGAAGAUCUACGGCGAUCGGUAAACAAUUCCAGCAGAAUGAUAGCGAGGAUGAAGCUUCUGUUCGCACUGUGGAGAACGAUAACUAUGUGAAACACGGUAGCACGCUGUCACAGAAACGAUGGACCAGCUCGGAAGAAUCGAGACAAGAGUCGAACCGAUCUUACGAACGAAAAAUCAAAACAAGUUUUCCUCGGAGACAAAAUGACAUUGAAGACACGGAGACCGAGUCACCGGAUGCUAUAAGCAAUAAUAAGUCACGCAAAGCCGAAUUAUACUCGACUCGUGCAGAAAAAAUGCGUUAUUCAGAUAUUCACGCGAGCGAAGAAAGAAUCGCGUCGGGAUCUCUUGAGAGGAAGAGGAAACGUAGUAAACGGACUGAAAGACGAAAGCUUGAAGCACGGCCUCGCACGGCAGAAGCCUUUCAUGAUCACGAUCGUGCAGAUAUCAGGUUUUCUGCGAAACGCUACAGUGACAGGGAAGGUAGCGUCACUGAUAAAUCGCGAAGAAGAAAGAAACGUGUUUCCCGAGAAGACGACGAGGUGCCCAUCACCGAGAUCUUGAAAAAAGCUCAAGAAAAUGCGCGCACAAAAUACGAAGAGCCUGUGCCGCUUCCGGAAUUGACUACCGACACAAUUUAUAUUCAAGGCAGAAGCGGCUUUAGCGCUGUGAAAAUUGGCGGAUCGAGACGUGCUUUGGGAAAUGAUACGACACGUGCAACAAAAGGUAGAGGAGGCUGCGAUUCUGCAGGGACUCGAACCUAUACGCUCAUAAAGGUAGCAAUCACUGCGCAGAAAUUUUGGAAAUGCACAGGGCUCGUCUAUCAAGGUCUCUUGGGCGGUAUGGCAUUUCUGCAUUUCAUAAUGAUUCACGUCUUUUUUAACACUUCGAUGGAAUUCAUAUCAAAUUACUCGAUUUUCUCCGAAAUAUAUGCAAAUAUAUUCUCAUUCUUAAUCGCUCUUUGCAUCAUCUCCAUCUUCGAUAAAUUCGAUCUAGCGCGGCUUGAUACGGACCACUUGCGCGAGAUUUACACAGAUCACGCGAAAACCGCGAUCGCCAUUCCGCUUUAUCUAAUAACGUUUGGACUUCAUCAAGCAUCGUCAAAGAUGGACGAUCAGUUAGCUCUAAUACAUUAUCAAAGCAACGAAACGUGGUCAAAUAAUACAACGCAGGAGACUUUUCUGGAGGAGCUGAACGACUGGCAGAAGGUAAUGAUAUCGAAGGACCUUCUCGCGAUUCUCGCUUGGCUAUUCGUCGCUCUUGGAACGCGGGACAACAUGCUAUUGACGCACUUAGAAUCGAUGGUACAAUACGCGAGUAACGCGGAAUCCCCGAGAUAACAUUCGAAGAAUGACUUUCACUGUCGAAUGAAAUAAAUGCGUAUGAAGUUCUUCCACGCGAAUGCGCAGGCUGAAUACUAUAAAGUAUUGAAGACAAGAAUAUUUUAGAGAAUAAUUAUUCACUCUUCUUUACGUAAAAAUACUCACCGAUGCGUGUCGACUCGAUCUUAUCCAAACAUAACAAAUUACGUCGAAAUGACGUUAAAAUGAAACUGAAAAAGUGACUUUUAGUAAUCAUGGCAUUUUCGUAAUCAUUUUAACAUCAUUUUGUUAUAAUGACUUGUAUACUGUUUGGAUAAUCCAGGUACAAAGGAUACGUUUAUAAACACUUUCAGGAAUCAAUGCUCCAAAGGAGAGCAAAUACGAUUUAAACAUUUAUUUGUAACAGAAUAGCGUUUGAUAUGUACAAUAUGUAUAAAGUUCGCCUAGACACUAAUCGAUAAUACAUGUAUACAUAAUAGCAAAGAGAGGACAAUAAUAUUAAGGUUAAAACCCGCUAAACGGAAACUAACAGUAACGUUACAUCAAUAUUAUAAUUUUCCUCUCAACAGUAUUAGUGUAAAGUGAUUCAUAUUUUGCAGAUUGCAUCAAUAUAUUGGUCAGUAUGUUAGAUUUCCUUCUCUAGCAGGCAUGCGUGGUCGAGCAAUUACAUUUAUAAAAUGUAAUCGGUUGAUCAAUAUGUUGAUGUAACACUUAAUACGUAACACUUACACUACUGAAUAAGAAAUUAUAACAUUGAUGCAAUAUUUAGUUUAUGUUCUGUUAGUCUGCGUUCAGCGGAGAUAACAUAUGAUGCAAUGGUACAGUAGUAAAAUAUGUUUGGACUUUUUUGAGCGCGAGAACAUCGGUGGAAUCUGCAAUUGCAAGAUCGUGAUCGUCGACGAUCGGCCGUUGUGAUAGUGAAAUAAAUUGCGUAUCAAAAUUCAUACCGUGGGACACAAUGGAGGGGGAGGAGAGGGGGGGGAGGAGGGCUAUCGUCGAUCGGCGGUAAAAUUUCUGUAGCUUACAAUUGUCGACUCGAGCGGCGCGCUCCCGCUUUUUUACGCGGACGAAAGCAUUUAUCCAUAAAUAAUGUGCAAAGGCUUGUACUCAUUUGCGAAGCAACGAAUAUAUACAUGCUGCUUGUGUGUGUGAAAUUUGUUUACACGCUAAAGUCUCACCUUUCCCUCUUCUCCGCUGGUUCCUCUUUAAUUAAUUAACAAUUUACACCGCCACGACGUUCGUUUCCUUCUUUCUUUUUUUCUAUGUGUACUCUAAAAUAUCUCUGAGCUUAAAAAUAUCAUGAAGGCACUGUUUACAGUUCUAUCAAGUCGAUUUUUGCCUUGUCUUCGCUGCACCGGAUACAGAUCGAUCCGUCAUCGUGUUUACGGCAGGUGGGUUCGUUCGAUUGUACAUAUUUAUUCAUCGACGCAGUGCGUGCGAGCCAAGAGGAAAAAAAAAGAGAGAUGUAUGAACUAAACUCGAUGACGUGCGAUCCAACCGUAGGAAAAUUGACAUAACUCGAUCAGAUCUUUUUGUUAUGCGGGAGAAGUCGGACAUGGCCACGUGGCUACUCCCAUAACGCGCAAGAAACUUUUUUGUCAUGGCUCUGUACAAUCGGUACUUGAAUCGCGAUUAAAAAUUGUGCAAAUUUGCAAUGGCAGUAUCGAGUCAGCGCCUUCGCGCGUGCAAAAUUUCGUCGAGUUUAUAAAAUAUUACGCUCGACGGGGAGAUUGGACUUUGUGUACCAGAUAGCCAAAAUGCAAUAUAUCAUUAGUUGCCAGCAAAUUCAGUCAUGAUUUUAGAGCAAAUUCCUAUCUAUUGUAUCCUCUUUAGUUUGGUUUCUGUCAUUACGAUUUGCCAUAAUGUAAUAAUGGAAAUACAGCAGAAAUGGAGCAUACUUUACCAUCAUCAUGAUGUCGUAAAUUUAGCAAACAUGAUAAUACAUGUAUUACUUGUCGCUAGUUUGACACUAAAAUAACGGCGACUAAGCUUGUUUGAUGCAAGAUCUUCUCGUUCGAUACAUUUCUACCGAUAUUAGGAAAAUAAUAAACUAUCUCGGCCGUGUCGCUGGUGUUCUACUGCAAUACACAGUUUGCAAUACAUUAAUCUCUUGGCAAAUUCGGCUAUCUGGCUAAUUAACGGCUCGUCAACGGGCUGACGAUGCACUAUAAAAAAGGAUCCAGGCUCGUUUAUUAUUCGGGAGAAAAUACCAC